UGUGUCAUUCUCAUCCCGGGAUACGCAAGAGUAUCUGGAGUGUAGUCCGCAGGCUAGAGGCGUUUGCAGCGGUUGUGUGCGGACAGUAUUCGUUUUUUUGCAGGCUUUACCAUCCUUUUCACCGGGCUGUUUUAUCUGCAAAAAAUAAGCUCACUUAACGCCAAGACAUGCAUCCAGCAACUGCCAAGUGGUACGACAGGAGGGACUCCGUAUUUAUAGAGUUCUGUGUAGCAGACAGCAAAGAUGUUAAAAUCAAUUUUGACAAAACAAAGUGUGGUUUCAGUUGUGUUGGAGGAACUGACAAUGUCAAACAUGAGAAUGAAAUAGACCUUUUUGAAGCCAUUGAUGAAAAUGAAUCCAAACAUAAACGUACAGAUCGUUCAGUGUUGUUGUAUUUACGAAAAGCGCAGCCAGGGAAGCCGUGGCCGAGGCUAACAAAAGAAAAGGCUAAGCUGAGUUGGCUCAGCGUUGAUUUCAACAACUGGAAAGACUGGGAGGAGGACUCUGAUGAGGAGAUGGGCAACUUUGAUCAAUUCUCAGAUAUGAUGAACAACAUGGGAGGCGAGGACGACCUACCUGAUCUAGACGGUGCAGAUGAUGAUGAGUCUGCAGAUAGUGAUGAUGAGAAAAUGCCAGAUUUGGAAUAGAAGACUGUAAGACUCUGGAAAGAAAAAUGGAAGAACAGAGGGCAAGAGGAAUCAUAACAAAUGUAUAUCUUGAAAUUGAAGGCAGUGACAAACAUGUACAUAUGAGUCAGUAGCCAUAUUUAAAUCCAUAGCCUCAGCUCCAAACUCUUGACCGAUCAGUCCAUGAAGGUUGAUAUGCAUGGUAUUGUACAGAGCAGCUAUCUCCACUUCCAUUUGCUGUACUGCACCUUUUGGGUAUCUUGUUUUACUGUUAAAUAUUACAAGUAAGCACACAUUUGUUGGAAAAGCUGUAUCAUUGUCCUCAACUGAGCAAUACAUGUUAUGAGAUUUACAAUUUGUUUUCAGAGGAAUUGUGGUUUAAAAUGAUUUGGCCCCGCCCAUUCCCAAUGUUGUGGUUUAAAGUUAGUCGACCAGUGUAGUUGAUCUCAUGAUUUAAGAAGACAAAGAAUUAUGUGCAUUUAUUCAUUGGGUUCCUCUAAAGCCUUCCAUGUGCCGUGAAUUAGAUAUCCAGGAAGCCAGUCUUCUGUUUCUGUAGCUUAACCUUCCAGCUUACACGUUUCCCCUUCACUUUUUGUUUAAUGUUUGUAAGAUUGGAAUAUUCUGAAAGCAUUGCAGAAGUAUUUGCAUCUUCACAAUUCAUCACCUACCUUAAUAAUCUGAAUGAAUUAGUAUCUUUUCAUUGCCUACCAUAGUAAUAUGAGUGAAUUCAACAUAUUUAGUAUCUUAACAGCUAUUCUCUCCAUACCCACCUAACAUGUACACUUGUGUUAGACUGCAGAAGCAAGGUGAAAUGUUUUACAACAGAUAUUGAGGCUUGAAGCUUGUUUGGGCCUCAGCAUUAUGUGGUUUAUUGCUAUCCUCCGGGUUCUUUCCGUUUGUUCAUCUAGAAUGAUCCUCCCUUGUUGGUGAGGAAGUGUCGGAACGUUAGGCGCCGUGUAAUGACCAAAUUAUAUUUGCACUGUCAAUAAAAUGUAAGGGGAGACAAAUGUUGAAUUACAGUGGAAAUUCUUUUUUUAUUGUCUACAUCUUUCUAAUAAACUGUUCAAGAAUCA